CCUCUUUAACCUGCAAGAGUCAAAUUCAUCGUCUCUCUCCUACUGUCUGGAUUCUGGAAUCAUAAACCCUAAUUUCUCGGGUUCUUGCAAUGUAUUUUCUUGUUUUAAAGAAGAAAUUCAUUCUUAUUCUUCUAUAAACCGACCGACCGAUGAAACAAACAAACGGACACUACUACUACAAGAAGAAAUUGCAGAAAUUAUUACGGCCAAAAGCAGCUUUAAUAUUUUGCCAUGUAUAGAUCUAGAUUAGUCAUGGCUUGGAACAUCUUUAGGUUUUGUACUGCACUCAGAGGGCUCGGCUCCAUCAUGAUCUUAUUAGUCCUCGCCGUCGUCGGCGUCACCUACUACGCCGUCGUUCUCACCAAUUACGCCCCCGUUCUCUACGACGCCACCGGCGGCUUCACUUCUUCUCUAAUUGCACUAGUUAUCUUGAUCUUGUUCCAUAUUCUGUUGGUAUUGCUAUUAUGGAGUUAUUUCAGUGUAGUGUUCACUAAUCCGGGUAGUGUACCAGCUAAUUGGAGGCCAUUGUUAGAUGAAGUAGAGCGAGGUGAUAUUGAUGAUGACAAUCCAAUAAAUGUGUCUGAUUUUAACAACAAUGGUUUGCCCUUAGCAGAUGAGGUUAAUCCAAGGAUUCGAUAUUGUAGAAAAUGCAAUCAGAUGAAACCGCCUCGUUGUCACCAUUGUUCUGUUUGUGGGAGAUGCGUGCUGAAGAUGGAUCAUCAUUGUGUAUGGGUUGUGAACUGUGUUGGAGCAUUAAACUACAAAUAUUUUCUCCUUUUUCUGUUUUACACGUUUCUUGAAACAAGUCUUGUUACUUUGUCGUUGCUGCCACAAUUUAUAGCGUUCUUUACUGAUGAAGAGAUAGCCGGUACACCAAGUAUGCUUGCAACAACUUUUCUUGCAUUUGUUUUGAAUCUAGCGUUUGCCUUGAGUGUAAUGGGGUUCUUGAUUAUGCAUGUAUCACUGGUUUCUAGUAAUACAACUACUAUUGAGGCGUAUGAGAAGAAGAGCACGCCAAAAUGGCGAUAUGACUUGGGAAGGAGGAGGAACUUUGAACAGGUCUUUGGGACAGACAAACGAUAUUGGUUAAUCCCAUCUUACUCGGAGGAAGAUUUGCGUCGAAUAUCUACACUCGAGGAGACCCUUCAGUUUCCAUGAAUACUUUAAUAUUUUCACGAAUGACUUUGCCAUGAUGUAUUAUAGUUAGAAGAAGAAACAUUUGAGGAAAUGGUUGAGAGGCUCUAGUUAAGAUGUGGGUUAGAAUAAAUGAUUGGUUCUUUGUAUGUGGGGUUUUAAUGAAAAUGUAACAUAUGAUCAAAAAUGUAAUUUAUUGAUACAUUCUUAUAUCUUUUUAUAUUCUAAAUUUUCAUUAAUA